UUGUAAAGCAGUAGAUGCAUCAUCGAUGCCUUCACCGUGGGCGGCGCUGCGUAACUCUCCUGAGAUGAGAGCCUACAGCAGCAUGCCCCGCCAUCACGACUAUGGCGGCCGCCCCACCUAUCUGCCGCCUUCGCCUUCUGCCGCCUCCGACACGCCGCCUCCGGCUGCCUCCGAUCUGUCGCCUCCCGCCGCUCCGCCGUCUUCGCCCGCACCGCGCACCAGCGAAGAUGAGCGGCAGACUACCGCCGUCUCCGACUCGACCUCUUCCGCUGUCUCGGAUCUGCCGCCUCCCGCCGCUCCGCCGUCUUCUCCCGCCCCGCGCACCAGCGAAGAUGAGCGGAAGACUAACGGCAGGCAGCAGGCGGAAGCAACUGAUAGACAACACACAGUCAACGCUGGAUCAUUGGUUGAUAAAGUGGUGAGAGGUCCGAGCUCGGACCAGGAGAGCGGCGGCGACCUGUCGUCGGUCGGCAGCAGUCCGAUGAUCGAGAAGCGGUCGUCUGCGGCUCUGUCGUCGCCCGUGAUUCGCAAGGUGGCUCUCAGGCGCAGACGGGUCGAUGCCGCCAAUCUACCGCCAGGUGUGACACCCCCACGCAGCAGACGCCACCUGAUAAAAGGCGCCGGAGGCGGUGAGGCGUCGACAGACGAGGAGUCCAGCUGGCUGGUGGAGUCGGGUACCGACGACUACCGCCUUGUCUUCAUUAGUAGUUCCGACUCGUCGUCACGAGAGGAUUUGCCGUCGGACGACGAUGACUGCGCCUGGGAUUACUACCUGGAGACAGGGCCCAACUCGGGCGCAUGCGCAAUUAUUACUCCACGCGCCGACCUGGAGGGGGGCUCAACUCAGUCAUUACUCCACGCGCUGACCUGGAGUCGUCGGCCGACCGUCGCCGCGAGAGGAGACAUCAGUGUGAUACCGAUCCCCGUUCCGGUUCCUGUUCCGGUUCCCGUGCUAGUGCCCGUGCCCUGGCAUCCCGAGUUUACGAUUCGCGUACAGCAUUGUUUGGCUCCCGUCUGGCGCGAACUGCUUUUGCGUCAUGGCGGCGGGAGUGGUGCCAUGACCCCCCAAGGCGCCGACAUGCCCGCUGGAGACGACAGCCAACAAAACAACACCGCUUCUGAUGAUGUAGUUCUCAAACUUUACAAACCGCUCGAAGAGAAAUCCGUUGAUCCAGUCCUACCACCUGAACCUUCAUCAACGGACAACUCAUCCUCCGACGAAGAACAAACUGCCACUAAACGCGUGUACCGGUUCAACGAUCAAACCGUGGUUGACGGUGUUAGUGCUUCUUCAUCCUCCGACUACUCAGACUCUUCAGCAUCCACCAGCUCUGAACAAAGCACACGCCCAACUAAACGUACUAGGAGAACCUAUGUUGUCAAUCAUUCCAACAAUGUAGAGUGUGAUAUACCAGGUUUAGAAAGGAAUUAUGAAGAGGAUGAUACAGAUUGUGCUUCAGAUACCGGUGUUACACUUAUUAAACAUACUAGUGUUUCGUCAGAUAGUGGUGUUACACUCGUCAAGAAUACUGGGGUCACGUCAGAUACUGGUGUUACACUUAUUAAACAUACUAGUGUCUCGUCAGAUACACUCGAAAAACUUACUAGUGUCUCAUCAGAUACCGGUGUUACACUCAUUAAACAUACAGGGGUCGACGAAAUGUGCAACAAAGAGGAUGUUGUAGGUGUUGACAGUGGAUAUCGUCCUAGAAAUGUGCAUCUUUCGGAUAUAUUUGAUAGUGUCAAAAAUGAUGUGAUAGUGAAACGUGAUGUGGUGGGGGAGUCGGGGUCAACAGUUAGUGUAAAUGUGAACGAUGUGGCUAGUGUAAAUGUGAACGAAGUUGCAAAGAGAAACGAAGUGGAUAGUGUGUCAUCAGCGCGCGACCUUGAACCUGUAUCCGCCUGCCAAGAACCGCAGUCGGCUGCAUUCGAAUAUGAUUCCCUUUCACGUGAUGCUGUUCUCUCGCAACCGGUUCCACGGCAACCGGAAGUCUCCAGCGCUGAUUCGCUCGGCGCUGAUAACAACAUGAUCGACUCCUUGGAUCCGCCGCGACAUUAUCAUAACGACGAGCGAAGCCUGGACGUUCAGGAUAGUUUGGAUGUUGUUGAAAAGUGUGAAGCAGUUAACGAGAAUGUGCGAAGGUGUGACAGCGACAUUAACGAGAAUGUACGGAGGUGUGACAGCGACAGUAACGAGAAUGCUCGAAGGUGUGACAGCGACAAUGAAGGUGGUGCAAAUGUCGGAACUCGUAGCAGCAGUGCUUCCGACGAGUUCUCAGGUACCGAGUCGAUGGAACUGAAUGGAACCGACAAGCUGGAACGGAUUAUAAAUGAUAACCAACGACCUGAAACUGGUCGAUACACAAGUUUGGUUAUGAUAACCCAGGAUCGGCCGGCUACUAUUGUGCAGGAUUGUGAGAGUUUGGUGAAUGAUGAGGUUGAUACCUCGGAACAGGUUAGAGUUGUGUUGGGUGGUGAUACACUGAGUUGUCUCGAGGAGGUAGCUGAUGAUGAUUCCUGGGUGGAGGAGUUGGAUAGGGAGGAGUCAGUUGCUGCCACGACAACUGAGGACUCGUCUGAGGGCGAAGAUGCUGGGUUUGCCGACCGGGAAGAGGAGUUGAGAGGAUAUAAUCGGACUGCUAUCGAUUUUACGUUGCAUACUAUUGUGGAGGAGAGUUGCGAAGAAAGCGAAGCUGAAUCCGAGAAACGACCAACUAGACCACUGGAGAGGUAUUUCUUCUACGGGCUAGGUGAUGGGGAUGACCCUCCCAACGAUGCCGACACUAUCUCGGAGACAAGCUCUGUACACAGUGAGACCCUGGAUAGUGAGAGUGUGGAGCCUGAAGGUGAGGAUGGGGUUGAAGACGCGGUGGAGACGGCUUGCUCGAGGUUGGAGAAGUAUUUCCUGUCGGGUUUCAUGGGGUUCAGUAGGAGAGACUCGGACGGAAGUGUGGGGAGCGACAGUGAAGGUCGUCCCAGUCCUGAACAACGCAGGAAGAGGUUGGUGCGAGCGAGAGGUGCUGGUCGGUCUCACUCGUCCUCACUCGACAAUCUGUUGGCCGAGGCUGAGCAGCUGCCAGCCGAGAGUCAGGUGGUGUCCGGGGAGGGAUCAUCCGAUGAGGAAGAGGAGAGUUUGUUUGAGAAGAAUGAUGGACAGUUUGACACCGUGAAGAGGACUAAGAAGAAGAAGAGGAGUGUGUCGUCGGCGCCCGAGGUUCAUCUGCUCGAGGUUCCCGAUGGCGAGGUGAAUGAGGAUGGACGUGAGGAGGAAGCUGACAAGAAUGGGGAGGUCGCUGUGGCGGAGUUGGCUUCUAGUCGAGGGAAGCAACACAGUAGAGAUAGUGGUUUCAUGGGGAGUUGUGAUGACUUACUGAAAGAACCACCCGCCGUAGUGACGUCACUAGUUGAGGAAAAAGAUGUUGUCGAUAAAGGUGAAGAUGAUCAUAAACCGUCUACAUCUACGUCGUCAACUGCUAGUGCACCACCUGUGAGAGAGAGAGAAGCUCCUCCCAACAUCCCAGCUGAGAGUUUGGUAAGGAAAGAUAGUUUCAAUAAUUGGAGUAGUGAUGAGGAAACUAAUCUGAUGAUGUCGAAAAUGCGCGCGUUUUUUAAAACAAUGGUUGGAAAUCAGCCGAAGGCACCUCCCGCGUCCCCAGGGCCGCAACCCCGCACCCGUAGUAAACCUCCGCAACUGGUGUAUUUCGAAUCUGAGUUGACACGACUUAUGAAGACGGUUCCCGGACUCCGUGACGACCAGGUCAGGGAGAUCGUCGAGUAUCUAAGUAGUGAAGAUACAUGGAGUGACUCAUACGACUCGUCAGACUACACCAGUUCCGACCUGGAGGGCGCCGGUCGCAAGAGUGUGUUGCAACAGCAGAUUUCGGCCAGUUGUCGGCAGAUUAUCGACAAUUUUACGCCGACAUCGGUCAAUUCUCGGCCGAUUAUCGAUACCUUCACGCCGACACCGACGCCGGAGGCUAGGCCAGAUGAGGCGGCCGUCGUUUAUCAGCGACUGGUGGCGUCGCUAGGGCGUCUCGACGCCAAUGAUAGCCAGCAUACGUCUUCGCCGCCGCUUAUCGCCAAGGUGAUGCAGCAUAUUGGCAGUCGGCUGGUCGCUCUCAUGCAUGAGGUGUCAAGCGGCGAAGGCGGAGGCGGCGGUAGUGGGGGCGGAGGCCAGUCGUCGCCGCGGGUGGGGGCGGCGCGGAUGCACCACCGCCGGAGCACGACCGUGAAGCCGGGGGCGGCAUCCACCACCGAGGAGGACGAAGACGAGGAGGACGAGGGACGGCGAGGCGGAGGCGGCAGUAGUCCGCCCCUGGCACUGCCUCUGCCGCGGUCCAAGUCGCACGACCCGCUGCUGGAGGCGAGCGACAACGAGCGGUUCAGUUGGCGCGGCAGUUUUGAGUCGGCGCUGUUGGCGGCGUCGGAUUCGCGCACCCGACUUUUAGACUACCAGUCGGUGCAGCCGAGCGGCAAGCGGAGGUCGGCUUCUGAUUUGCUCGCCAAGGGGGGCAGUCGGAUCGGCUUGGAUCGUGUCAGUCGUGUGGCAAGUAUCGGCGGCAGUCUAGAGACAAGAUCUGGGGGGCGGGGCGUCGCUCGCCGCUGGACUCAGGCGGUUCCGCCGACGGCGAGGAUGACUCGGAUGACGAUCGCCGCCUCCAGCGACCGGCGGCCGCCAACCACUGCCCCGCUUUCACACCGCCCCCGGCACCACCACCAGUCUCUACAGGCGCACAGUCUGCAUCAGUUUGCCGCCGCCUCCGGAGGCGGAGUCAAGUCGGCCCGCUACCGCCCCCCUGGCUACCCUGCGGCCGCCUCUCGCGGUGCCGCCUCCAAACUACUAGUAACAUGUGCUGGAAUUGGACUGACCCGUGUCAUCGUUGUGAGUAGGCCGUGGAGCCUGGGAAUUGCGGUCCCUGUCACCAAGUCCCGGACCUCUGCCGCCUCCAAUGCCCCUGAUGGCCGAGCCGCCCCUGCCACGGGGUGCACCGCCACCCCCAUCGGCCCCGGCCGCCUCCCGACAUCGACUCGCUCACGUUACGACUCUCCAUGCGGAUGCUGGGUGGCUGAAGCAUACACACAACACAUAUCAUUGUACAAUAAAUAA